GUUAUCACUACAGGCUUCUGCUAAACCUAAAAAAAAAAGCAAAACAAAAAUGUUCCUGUGUGAGAGUUGUUAGGAUACUGAACUGAGCGCAGAAGUGUCUUGCAUCCUGCCAUCCGCAGUCUUCCAGAAAAGAACAGGUCUCCUUUCAAUUUGUAUCUUAAUUAGCAUAUUUCUCCUGAAGAAUAAAUGGGAUCUGAAAUGAAUUUAAUAGGACAUCACCAGCUAGCCACUGCUGAUGGAUUUUCUCUUGCUGAAGGUCCUCAUUUGUUUGGUGUCCUUUCAGAGCCAAUGAAUUCUCCAGUGCAAGAGGCAGAUGUGUCACCUUACACACAGUACAACAGCGUGCCAUUUCCCCAAGUACAGCCCCAGAUUUCAUCGCCGUCUUAUUACUCCAACCUAGGCUUCUACCCUCCACAGCAUGAGGAAUGGUAUUCCCCCGGGAUGUACGAGCUCAGGAGAAUGCCCUCAGAGACCUUUUUCACAAGGGAGACAGAGAUGAUAGAUAUCCCUGCAGCCAAAAAGCCUAGACUGGGUCACUCCACGGGAAGAGUGAAAGGAGAAGAGCUCUGUGUGGUCUGCGGUGACAAAGCCUCUGGGUACCACUACAAUGCUCUUACUUGUGAAGGAUGCAAAGGGUUCUUCAGAAGAAGCAUCACAAAAAACGCAGUAUACAAGUGUAAAAAUGGAGGCAACUGCGAGAUGGACAUGUACAUGAGGAGAAAAUGCCAGGAGUGCCGUCUAAGGAAAUGCAAGCAAAUGGGCAUGUUGGCUGAAUGUAUGUAUACAGGUCUGUUAACAGAAAUACAAUGCAAGUCAAAAAGGCUACGCAAAAACGUGAAACAGCCCCCAGAUCAGACAGUCAAUGAAGAUAACGAAGGCCAUGACAUGAAACAAGUGACAUCUACAACUAAAAUAUAUAGGGAGAAAGUAGAAUUUACCCCAGAACAGCAGAACCUUCUUGACUACAUCAUGGAUUCAUACAGUAAACAACAAAUACCACAGGAGGUGUCAAAAAAACUAUUACACGAGGAAUUCAGUGCUGAAGGAAAUUUUCUGAUUUUAACAGAAAUGGCUACCAGUCAUGUGCAGGUUCUUGUGGAAUUCACAAAAAAACUACCAGGCUUCCAAACCCUCGAUCAUGAAGAUCAGAUUGCUUUGCUGAAGGGCUCAGCAGUAGAAGCCAUGUUCCUGCGUUCAGCUGAGAUCUUCAGUAGGAAACUUCCUACAGGACAUACCGUCCUUUUAGAAGAAAGAAUUCGCAAUAGUGGUAUCUCAGAUGAAUUCAUAACUCCCAUGUUUAAUUUUUAUAAAAGCAUUGGAGAGCUGAAGAUGACACAGGAAGAAUACGCGCUGCUCACAGCCAUAGUUAUCCUGUCUCCAGAUCGACAAUACAUAAAGGACAGAGAGUCCGUGGAAAGGCUUCAAGAACCCCUGCUGGAUAUUCUACAAAAAUUCUGCAAACUUCACCACCCAGAUAACCCUCAACAUUUUGCGUGUCUUCUGGGCCGUCUCACAGAAUUACGGACAUUUAACCACCAUCACGCAGAGAUGCUGAUGUCAUGGAGAGUGAAUGAUCACAAAUUCACACCUCUUCUCUGUGAGAUCUGGGAUGUGCAGUGAUGGGUACUUUUUAUUUUAUUUUAGGAGAAAUAUCUUUUUAAAGGACCACGUAGCAUUUAAUAGAAAAAUAUCCCACAGUACAUUCAAUUUUCUUUACUACAUUUUUAUAGAAACAUGCCAUGGAUUCAUAAAAGUAAUUUUGUUCACUAUACACAGAAUAUUGUAUAGCUAUCAGAUUGUCACACGUGAGUAUAACUUUCUCUGUAUUUAUAUUCUCUGAUCAGAAAGAGCCCACCAGCUCCUCAGAGGAACCCCGUUAAUUCCUGCUGCAAUUAUGCUGAUUGCAGUUAUGGUUCCUCUUGACAAAUGGGGAAACGCAGGUUUCCAUUCAUAUUUUUUCACUGCAGUGUUUUUGUGCUUGGCCUCCAUUAAAGAAUGUAUUUCAGAUAUUUACGGUAAUAAACCAGCUGCAAUGGUUAACGCCACCGUCAUUUGCUGAUCAACUGCGAAAUGUGUUCACGUAAGAUGUGCAAGAUGCUAUUUCUUCAGAAGAUGAAAAAUUAUGUAAUGGAGAAAAGCCACACCCACGCACACACACACACAAACCCCUUCUCAUGACAUAGACAUGUAGCUUCAUUUGCAUUACUAUUUC